AAUUAAAAAUCACACUUUUUUUUAUUACUUGAUUUUUUUAAAUUAAAAAAAUCUUUUUUAAGCUUUAAAAACCAGACAGACAGAGCUAGUAAGUAAGAGAGAGAGACACAGACACAUUUGAAUUCAUUAUUUUAAGUUAAGAAGAAGAAGAAGAAGAUGAUAAGUUAAAGAACAUGAAAAUUAUUUAUUUGUUUCAUUCGUUUUGAUUUCUUGAUUUUGUUCUCAUUCGAUUUGAAGGACAAUAAGCUCAAUUUUGUGGCUGUUUUUAAUAGAAAAAAAGGAAGAUUCCUUAGUCAAAUCCAUCAGCACAGUAAGAUGAAAUUUGAUGGUGUUAAUUAUAUAAGGUGAAUAAUAUCAUAUUUGGAAGGUAUCUAAUUGGACAAAGAUACUCUUAAGGAGAAGAGAAUCUAUUCCUUUCUCAGCAUUAUUUGUUCACCUGGGAUCCCAAAAACAAAAUUCUAACUGUUUAAUUCUCAGUUUUCACUGUUGUUUUACACUGAUUUGAAGUGGCUCAAAAAGCAAUGCUGUAAGCUUGUGUGGCAGAUUCUGAGGGUUCUCACAAAUUUGGUGGUGUGUUUGUAUUUUUGUCUUUUUACAAUUUGCCUGUUAGUGUUUUGUGGAUUCUUGCUUUAAUAGCAGUGUUAGUUGAAGAAGUAGUUUUUUUGUUGCUUUAUUUGUCAAAUUUGUGAGCUUUUUGGUAUUUGGAUUCUGAAAAUUUGUUGUUACCAUUUGUGGAUUAAGAGGAAGAGAGGAAAAAGUAGGACACCUUGUGAACUGGGUUUGUUUGUUUCCUUGGUGAAAUUGGUAUUGUCAAUGGAGGUGUCUCUUCUUUAUUGUGACUGAAGGGUAUCAUUUCUUUGUCGGUGGUACAUGUUUUUGAAUCCAACAUGGUGGGGCAGACCAAUAAUGCAAUAAUAUAUUUGUGCUUUUUGACAAUUUGAUCUACUGUGAGGAACUUGGAGGAAUUGUAUGCAAGUUUGUGGCUGUGGUGAUAAUAAUGAGUAGAGAACAGAAGCGAGGGGGAAAGCAAGAGAAAGGCGGAUCGGAUGCCGCCGAGAAGGUUGUAGUUGCUGUUAAGGCGUCUAAGGAGAUUCCUAAGACUGCCUUGGUGUGGGCUUUGACUCAUGUUGUUCAGGCUGGUGACUGUAUUACUCUGCUUGUUGUUGUCCCUUCUCAUAGUCCAGGUCGAAAAUUGUGGGGCUUCCCAAGAUUUGCAGGGGACUGUGCCAGUGGUCACCGGAAGUCUCACUCAGGAGCAACUUCAGAGCAGAGGUUUGAUAUAACUGAUUCUUGUUCUCAGAUGAUCCUUCAGCUCCAUGAUGUUUAUGAUCCAAACAAGAUCAAUGUAAAGAUUAAAAUUGUUUCUGGAUCACCUCUUGGGUCAGUGGCUGCCGAGGCCAAGAAAGUGCAGGCCAAUUGGGUUGUAUUAGACAAACAGCUGAAGCAUGAAGAAAAACUUUGCAUGGAAGAAUUGCAGUGUAACAUAGUUGUUAUGAAACGCUCUCAGCCGAAGGUUCUUCGCUUAAAUUUGGUUGGGACAUCCAAGCAAGCUGAAAGUGCUAUCCCUUCAGCUUCUGAACUAGAUGAAGCUCCCGGAAAGCAUACCAAGAGCAAAAAUGAUUCGUCAGAUUCUAUCCGAGGACCAGUUGUGACUCCAACAAGUAGUCCAGAGCUAGGGACACCAUUUACUGCUACUGAAGCUGGAACAUCAUCUGUGUCUAGUGAUCCUGGAACUUCUCCAUUUUUUAUAUCAGAAACAAAUAUAGACUUGAAGAAAGAUGUAUCAUUAAUUAUCAAAGAACACAGGGACGUUGAUGAGUCUAGUUCUGACAGUGAUAGUGAACAUUUGUCUACAGCUUCAGCAAGUAUGAGGUUCGAACCAUGGAUAGGAGAAAUCCUCAGUUCUCAUAUUCAGUCUUCACGGCAUAUGGAAGAAGGCGCUCAAAGACCCUGUGCAGCUCAGGCAUCAACAACUAAAGCUUUGCUAGAGAAAUUCUCAAAACUUGAUAGACAAUCCGGAUAUGGAAUGUCCAACUAUCGGACUGACUCAGACUUGAGUGGAACUGUGAGAGAAGCAGUAUCAUUGUCCAGAAAUGCACCUCCCGGUCCCCCUCCUUUGUGUUCAAUAUGUCAACAUAAGGCACCUGUUUUUGGCAAACCACCAAGGUGGUUCAGCUAUUCUGAGUUGGAACUUGCAACUGGUGGAUUCUCACAAGCUAAUUUCCUGGCCGAGGGUGGUUUUGGAUCUGUUCACAGAGGUGUACUACCAGAUGGCCAGGCAGUUGCUGUCAAGCAACACAAGCUGGCUAGUUCACAAGGGGAUCUUGAAUUUUGCUCUGAAGUAGAAGUCCUAAGCUGUGCUCAACAUAGGAAUGUUGUUAUGUUGAUUGGGUUCUGUAUUGAGGACAAAAGAAGAUUGUUGGUGUAUGAAUACAUAUGCAAUGGAUCAUUGGACAUUCAUCUAUAUGGACGUCAUCGGGAGCCCUUAGAGUGGUCUGCUCGCCAGAAAAUUGCUGUUGGGGCUGCUCGAGGAUUGCGCUAUCUUCAUGAAGAAUGCAGAGUCGGUUGCAUUGUCCACCGUGACAUGCGCCCUAACAAUAUCCUCAUUACCCAUGAUUUUGAACCACUGGUUGGGGAUUUUGGCCUGGCCAGAUGGCAACCUGAUGGAGACCUUGGUGUUGAAACAAGAGUCAUUGGAACAUUUGGGUAUUUGGCUCCAGAAUAUGCUCAAAGUGGUCAAAUAACAGAAAAGGCUGAUGUUUAUUCCUUUGGAGUUGUAUUGGUUGAGCUUGUUACAGGAAGAAAAGCAGUGGAUCUUAAUAGGCCAAAGGGGCAGCAAUGUCUCACUGAAUGGGCGCGCCCUCUGUUGGAAGAAUAUGCCAUUGAUGAACUGAUUGACCCACGAAUAGGCAACAAUUAUUCAGAACAGGAGGUUUACUGCAUGCUUCACGCGGCAUCAUUAUGCAUACGGCGGGAUCCUCACUCUAGGCCCCGCAUGUCACAGGUUCUCCGUAUACUAGAAGGUGACAUGCUCAUGGACAUGAACUAUUCAUCAACACCUGGGUAUGAUGUUGGAAACCGGAGCGGAAGGAUUUGGGCAGAGCAGCAGCACCAACAUCAAUAUAGUGGCCCGCUGUCAAAUGAAGCAUCGGAAGGGCUCAGUAAGCUCUCUGUAGACACACUAAGGCCAGCUUUCUGGGAAAGAGACAAGGCCAGAAGGAUUUCAUGUGAAGAUGAUUUGUAAAGUGUCAAUCAGAUCGGCAAUCAGCGAUGAGCACUUUAAAUGGUAUGCAAAAUAUAUAUAUCCCACGCCUUCUUUUGCAUUCAACAUUUGUAAUUUUUUUUUUGCCUAAAAUAGUUUGGUUAAAGCCAUCUAGAUUUUUGUUUGUAUAGUAGAAGGGGAAAUUAGGGUUAAUAGCAGUAUUAUGUAAUUCUUUUGGUAAAUGAUAGAAACUGGUAUUGAGUACCGGUCACGGUAUUAGUGAAAA